GUCAAAAUUUCAAAACAAAAAUGAAGUUUAAAUGAUUAAUUCAUACAUUUUGUAAAUAUUUUUAUUUAUUUAACAAUGGCAGCUACAGCUGGUGAAAUUGAAGAUUUUAUGGAUGGGCCUCUAGUUACAUGGCUGGCAUCAUGUUUAGAGCGCCCAGAACGUAUAUCAAAUUAUUCAAGUUUAUUUGAUGGAAUAUUAAUUAAUGAAGUAUUAAUACAAAUUGAUCCUGAACCUGUUUACCCAGUUACAGUAAUACAUCCAAAUCAGUCUACUUCAGCAUCGACGAUACUACGUAUAAAAAACUUUGAUAGUAUUAUUAAAAAUAUUAAAGCUUUAUAUGAGGAUGAAUUGUGUCAAACAAUUAUUCAGUUACCGGACGCAGCUGUGUUGGGCGCUGAUCCUCGUUCAUCAAAUGGAUUGGAAAAUUUUAAGCUGUUGGUAUUGUUAUUACUAGGAUGUGCUGUUCAAUGUCCAAACAAAGAAAUAUUUAUAACUCGAAUAAAAGAGUUAUCGCUCCAUGUACAACACGAUAUCGUUGAAUGCAUCAAAAAGGUAACUGACGACCAAACGAUUGUUUUAACAUCAGAAAUUACUCAACAAAGUUCAGAAAAUUUGUUGAAUAAUAUACGUGUAUUAAUUAAACAACGAGAUGCUACUUUAGAACAUUGGGUAUCAGCACAAUUAAAUUUAUUACAAACGCAACAACAAACUGUUACACCUGAUGGAAGAUCGGUUGAAAUGUCACCAACGAGUAGUAUCAUUAGUCGUAAAUCGUCGAGCAUACCUCAUGGUAAUAAUGGCGUUGAAAGUAAUCACUUAGCUGUGGAGUUAGCUGAUUGGAAAGCUCGAUUAAGAAAAUUACGACAAGAACUGGAAGAAAAAACAGAAGCUCUCACAGAAUGCAGAGAAGAAUUGGAUUAUAGUAAUACUGUCAUUAGUAAAUUACGAGUUGAGAAUAGUGAAAUUAUGGCGGAAGCACGACGUGCCAAAGCAUAUCGCGAUGAAUUAGAUGCUUUACGCGAACAUGCCGAACGGGCAGAUCGGUUAGAAGCAGAGGCACAAAGAUAUCGAGAACGAUUAGGUGAUAUCGAAUUUUAUAAACAACGAAUUGAGGAACUUCGUGAAGAUAAUAAAGUAUUAUUAGAUACACGUGAAAUGUUAGAAUCUCAACUAGCUCGUGCUCGACAAAGAUCUGAGAAUGCACCACGUUUAGAAUCAGAAUUACUAGCACGAGAUCAAACAAUAAAUGAAUUAAUUUUAGAACGUGAUGCAGCGCGUGACAAAGUUCAGGAGUUAAUCGAUGAAAAUACAAAAUUGCAAUUAGUUACACGUGAAAUAUCAACAACAAAUGUUAGUAUUACAAAUAACAGUGAUUCAGAAAGUGAACAAACAAACUCAGAAGAUACAAGUUUAUCAGAACAAUUAAGUAAUAAUGCCCAAGCUCGGGCAUUAAAAUUAGAACUAGAAAAUCGUAAACUGCAAACAUUAAUUGAAACUUUAAAAGAAUCAUCAAUGGUUGAAUCGUCGGGGAAAAUAUUAGAAUUAGAAAAAGAGAAGAAAAAAUUGGUAAUAAAAUGUGAUCAACUGUCGGAAAAUUGUACUCGAGUUUUAAAACAAAAUUCUGAGUUAGAAAGUGCAUUUAAAAGUGCCUUAGAUGAGAAUUCUAAAAUACAAGAGAGUUUAGAUUCGUGUCGUUCAUCAAUUGAUCGACAAAGUAAUGAAAUACAAAGUGAACGUUUAAAAUGUCAAGAAUUAGAAAGAAAUGUGGAUGCAGUUAAUAAAGAAAAAUUGGUUUUACAAUCGUUAUGUGAUACAAUUAAAAGUCGAGCGGAUGAUUUAGAAACGCAAUUAAAUGAGAGUUUGAAAAAAGUAGAGAGUUUGAAUGAAUCUGCCGAAAAAAGUCAUCAAUUUGAACAACUUUCUACUGAACGUGGUGAGAAAAUACAAGUUUUGGAAAAAGAACUAACAUCUUUACAAAAAGAAGUUGCUAAGUUAAAAGUUUCUGAAGAGGAAAAAAAUGUUGCAUUAGAUCAACAAUCAGCAAUGAACGAUCAACAUUUAAAAGAAAUCGAACAAUUAAACAAAGAACUUGAAACAGCCUACACACAAAUACAAACUCAAACAAUCAAAAUAAAUGAUUUAGAUCAAAAGGUCCAUGAAUUAACAUCACAAGCAGCUGUAUCCACUGAAACAAUUUCAACAUUACAAAAAGAUUUAUUUGUUGCAAAUUUAUGUGCUGAAAAGUUAAGAUCUGUAUAUGACAAGUUAGGUUUAAAUUCAUCUGAUAUAUCUGAAACGGAACAUUCAUUAGAAAAUGUUGUACAAAAAAUAUGUGGUAAUAAUGAAGUUGUACAAAUUGUUAAGGAUGUAUUAAAGAAAGAUAAAGGUCUGAUAGAUAAUGAAGAAGUGAAUAAGCAAACUGAACAAGUUGUUUCAUCUGUUAGUGCUGAAUGGAAACAAAAAUGUGAACAAUUAUAUAAUGAAAUUGAGAGUUUACAAAAGCAAAAUGCUCGGCUUCAAGUUGAUAUUUCAACAGUAACAUCACAAGUAAAUUCAUUAACUGCACAAUAUACUGCGUUACAACUUGCUAAUAGCCAACUUGUGGCGGAGAAAGAAGAGAUUUUGAAACAACAAGAAGCAAACACUGCACAACAUGAAACAUUACUUCGAGAUCAAGUAACUUUACGAUUAUUGCAUGAAACAUUAAACAAUGAAUACGAGGAGCAAUUGCGUGAACGUGAAACACUUAAAACAUCGCUUCGUGAUAUCAAAUCUGAAUUACGCGAUUCUCGUGAGCAAUGCAAUCAUUUCGAGAAGAAAAUAAAAUUAUUAGAACAAGAAAAAGAAUCAUUAAAAACAGAGUCGAAGAGCUUAGGAAAUUUACGAGCAGAACAUUCAAAAUUAAAAGACGAUUUUCGUAAUUUAUAUACGGCAAGUGAGAGAUUGAAAAAUGAUUAUCGUGCGUUACAAGAGAAUAGUAGAACAGCGCGAGCUGAAGCUGGGCGAUUGCACUUGGAAAAUACAUCGUUACGCGGGGAACAUGCGUCAGCACAGUUAGAGGCUAAUAAACUACGUCAACGAUGUGAGAUGUUAUUAACUAUGACAGUGCAAUUAGAUGGCGAUAGACGAGCAUUAAUGGGACAUGCAGCGCAAUUAUUAGGACAAUAUCAUACAUUAUUAAAACAUGCAUUAGACGGUGAAAGAUCUCAUCAUGCUGAACAAAGAGCGUUAGCUGAUAGAUUACAUGCUCUAUGUAGACAAAAAGAUCGUCUUGAAGAUAAAAUUAUGGAGCACUAUCGAAAGUUGGAUAGUUGUACAAGUGCAAAAAAAAAAGGCUUUGGUGCCAGUUUAGUUAGAAGAGUUAGAAAAGCGGGCUCAGAUUUCAUCAAUAAAGUACCUGGGAAUCGAAGAUCAUGGCAAGAUGAUUCACGUUUAAGUCAAUCAGAAUUUAUGUUAUCACAUACCGGUUCCGGUGAAUCUGGAAAUAAUGAUUCUGAUAAUAGUAUGGACGAUUCACGUGAUUCAAAUUUACAAAGACUUGACAAUCAAGAUAGUUUUACUGACAAACAGCUUAUGUCUCAAUCACAUGGUUCAAGUACUACAAUGGAAGGAGCGGUGAAUCGUAGAAUUCGGAAGGAUGGUAGUACUAUAACACGACGUUCAAGUUUAGGUAGUACUACUGGAAGUGUUUUAAGUUUAGGAUCGGCGGGUACGAGACGUACAGUGUACUUAACAGAGCAUGAGAGUGAAGAACCUAGUACUAUUUUACAAGAUAAUUCCGCAAUUGCAUCGAAAUCAUCAAAUAAUCCAUCAAAUGAAAAUCCUGGAACAAUGUUAGUUUACAAUAAAAUUACAACAGUUUUAGGUGGAAACGGAAUACCAGAUUCUAAAUUAUCAGAUCAACGUGAUUUGGUUGCUUUAAAUCCACAUUUAUUACCUGGUACAGCGGAUUCACAGGAUAAUAUUAAAUGCUUAGAAAAAUUAAACGAAGAACAACCGCCUUCAUCCACAAAUAAAAGUAAAGAAGACGCAAUUUGGUACGAAUAUGGUUGUGUGUAAAUAAUACGGCAGUAUAAAAUACAAAAACAUUUGAGCACAAUUGUUUAUAGAUGUCAAUCCGACCAAUAAAA